AUGAGUUCUCAAUACGAGAAUUUUCAUGCUUAUUUGCGAUCAAUUAAUAUUGGAGAGCCAAGUCCUUUCAUCCCUCCAUCUAUAUCAAAAUAUCCAGAAGGAAUUCCGAACAAAGAAGAUCUUCAUGAAAUUCCUCGUGAUUUCACACAAGUUGAAUUUGAAUCUCCGAAAUACACUAAGCUAGAUCCAGAUGAAUUGAAAAAAGAAUUCGUCCAUUACGAAGUUAAGAAAAUUACUUCACAAAUUGACCAUUCUCGACCUGAUUCGAGCAUUUAUAUGAACGAAAUAGACUUAAAUACCCAAUUUACUAGUGUUAAAAACUUUAUUAAAUUCAAACAGAGCUUAGGAACGUAUUAUGAUCUUAAAUCAGCAGAGUUACAACUUCCUGAGCACAUCAAGAUGUGUGCUUGUCCGCAGUGCUUGAAUGCAGCCGUUCCUAACUUCCAAUAUUGCGUUAAUCAUCUUCAAAAAGAUCCGAAGUUUUCAAAACAGCAUUUCAUUGCACCAACUCCUCAUAAGAAAGGUCCAGCUCAAAAUGCAUCUCAAAAAUAUUAA